CAUUGAGAAUUCCUGUAUUGUCGUUGGAGAGCUUGGGAAAAUAGCAACACGCUUAGAGGGUAGCCAUUUUGGAAUUGUGUUGGAAAAUGAGUGAACGAACAUGGAACAUUCUGCUCUAGUAUAACAAUAUUUAAAGCUGGAUUUCUUUCUCCAACAUCGGAAAUAUAUAUAUUUUUUUGGUGAGUAAGAUACAACAUGGUCGAUUCGAUGGUGGAUUCUAUAAGAAAACCGAGUUUACAGGCCCCACGAUCGCGGUCGCUUGUGACAGGGACCGCCGCUGCGGGGACUGGCAACGACUCGAUAUACGCUCAUCUUGCCGAUAACAAUACGAAGGGAAUUGGAAAUCAUGCUUCUCAUGUGGAAUUACCACCAAUAAAAAGCCGAGCAAUUGGAGUAAGUAACAAAAAAUCCAGUGAUCAUGUUGUAGGUGGAGUAAAAGUUACUCAAUUAUUUGAAACGGACGAUAAUCAUAAUCAUCAAAGUCGAAAUAUCCAACGUAACUUUCAACAUCAAAAUGGAGAUGUUCGAAAUGGUACAACAGGUCAUCAGCUACCCUCAGUUCAGAGGGCCCCCAGUGUGGGGAGUAAUGGAUCAAAAAAUGACUCUGCGAAAGGGCGUUCGGGUCCUAUGACUCCAGAAGAAUCCAUGAAACUGUAUAUGCAUAAACUAGGCGCAUAUGAACAUCAUGAAAUAUUUAACUACUCACAGAUAUAUUUUGUUGGACCAAAUGCCAAAAAACGCCAUGGAGUGGUAGGAGGUGCAAACAACUGUGGUUACGAUGAUGAACAAGGGUCAUAUAUUCAUGUUCAACAUGACCACAUAGGAUAUCGAUAUGAAGUACUUAAAAUUAUUGGCAAAGGCAGCUUUGGACAAGUAGUAAAAGCAUAUGAUCAUAAAACCAAUCAGCAUUUAGCUGUAAAGAUGGUACGAAAUGAAAAACGAUUUCAUCGUCAGGCACAGGAGGAAAUCAGAAUCUUAGAACACUUGAAAAAGCAGGAUAAAGACAAUAAUAUGAAUAUCAUUCAUAUGGUGGAAAGCUUUACAUUUAGGAAUCAUAUAUGCAUUACAUUUGAACUGCUAAGUAUGAAUUUGUAUGAACUUAUAAAGAAGAAUAAAUUUCAGGGAUUCAGUCUACAGUUGGUAAGAAAAUUUGCCCACUCUUUACUACAGUGCCUCGAUGCCCUCCACCGAAAUAGAAUUAUUCAUUGUGACUUAAAACCAGAAAACAUUUUAUUAAAACAACAAGGUCGGAGUGGAAUCAAAGUUAUUGACUUUGGUUCAAGUUGUUAUGAACACCAAAGAAUUUACACAUAUAUUCAGAGUCGAUUUUAUCGUGCACCAGAGGUUAUCCUUGGUGCCAGAUAUGGAAUGCCGAUAGAUAUGUGGAGCCUAGGAUGUAUACUAGCGGAGCUUCUAACCGGAUACCCACUUCUGCCAGGCGAGGAUGAAGGAGAUCAACUUGCUACCAUGAUAGAACUUCUUGGCAUGCCCCCACAGAGAUUGAUGGACCAAUCCAAGCGUUCUAAAAAUUUCUUCAACUCUAAAGGCCAUCCAAGGUAUUGUUCUGUUACAACAUUACCUGAUGGUACGGUUGUCUUAACUGGUGGCCGGUCGAGGAGAGGCAAAGUCCGGGGUGCGCCUGGGACUAAAGAGUUUGUGAAGGCACUGAAAGGAUGUGAUGACCAGCUCUUUUUAGAUUUCUUACGGAGGUGUCUUGAUUGGGAUCCUGCUACUCGUAUGACGCCAAGUCAAGCACUUAGACACUCGUGGCUUCGACGGCGUCUUCCAAAACCGCCCAGCGACCAGACGUCGGCAAAACACAAGCGCCAGGGAUCAUCUGUAGCCAAGCUUCCACCAACUGGUGUACAUAGUGGUAAAGGUCGUCAAAUAACAGAUGGCACUGUAGCAUCCCAAAGAACAGUUUUACCAAAAAUUGUAACCUGAUAAUUGUGGAUAUUUUAGAGAGAGGAUAAUAAUUGAAAAUUAGCAUUCCAAAUGGUGCAUCUGAUAUGUUCACAUUUUCUGAACUAUGCUGUGUACAAUGAUAUGAAUGCAAGAAAGAGCAAUUUAAUCUAUAUUUUGCUAACAUAAACCAUUUUGGCAUGACAUUCAUAUUUUGAUCAAAUACAUUUUUAUGUAGAGAGUACAGAAAAUGUGUCUUUUUGUCCAAAAGUGUUCGAAUAAUAGAGUAAAGUCUUUCAGAGGAAAGGUAGCAAUUCUUGUCUGCAGGUACAGUUACAGUUUUUAAUUAAAACCCCCGAAUUACAUUAAAUUAAAUUACUAAUUUAACUACAAAUUGAUAUUAAGUCACAGUGUAUAAAUACUAACAAUUGUAGUAAAAGGCAAAAUUUGCUUACUGAAAUUGCAUGUACUUAAUUUCUCCAUACCUGCUACAUUGGAAUGAUAAUCAUUUUUAAUUGAUCAUUUCUAUGCAAAUUUGUGCAGGGUGCCUCAAUACAAUUUAUAAAAUUUCUCCAUUGACAUUCUAUGAUUGUAAUUUAUUUUAAUUUAAUGUUUUAUUGAAAAUUUCUUACCAGUAUUUUCAUAUUCAAGUUUUAAUUAUUCCAUUUUAAAGUAUUUUUAUUCUGCAAUUUUUUUUUUUAUAAGAAAACAAUAAUAGUUCAAUCCAAAGUGAAUAGGUUAUCAAAUUUAACAAAUUGUUAUUGUACAUCGAUUUUAACAGAAAUUACUAUCUAUUCUGUUUUUAAGGACUUAUUCUAAAGGAAUACUACCUGUACCUUGAAACAAUUUUUGAUACAGUAGCAUUAUUCAAUGUCCAUUUAGUUUUUGUGUUAAAUACUUUUGAUGAAGCUGUCCAUUGUUUUUCUCAUUUCUUAUCAUUUUCAUGAGCUGUGAUCCCAUUGUCUGAGUACUAAUUUCUUUUCUAGUGUAUUCGUCCCACAGAAAAUGUCAAUGUUUUUGGUGAUGAUUAUGCAGUGGCGGAUCCAGGAAGAAAUUUUUUGCUGGGGUGGCGCAAGAGACAAUCGGUCUGUGAAGGAAGGGUGGGACUUGCAGGCUGAUAGGUCAAGUACCACUUGGAAGGUCCAGAGCUUGAGCCAUUUUAAUCUACAGUAUUUAUCUAGAUAUUUGUUUGGUUGCUGCUGCAGGGGUCCUUUCUUCUGGCUCCGCCACUGUUAUGGAACACAUUCCAUUCGUGCAACUAGAAAAUCCGUCCAUCUAAGAUACGCACAGUACGUCUAGUUUUUGUGGUAGAGCAGUUUCUACAUAAAUGUGCUUUUACAGUGCAAUUCAAUAAUCUGUUGAUUUUAUCUACUUACCGCAAUGAAAGUACUGAAAAUAACUUAUAUCAGGAGUAUCGGUAACUAGGUUAAAUAUUAUUUUUACCCAAAAUAAGUACAGUAUUACAAUGUUCAUUUAUUGUGAUUGCUAGGAACUAUUUUUAGAGAACGUCCAUUGUGGUGUUUUGGUGUUCACUGGCUAGAUAAACGCAGAGAGAACAAUAGUGUUGGAUAGGUGUUAUAUGCCCCUGCACUCCAUUUUCCAUUAGCUACUAAUUUAUAGGAAAUCAAUGGAGAAUUGAAUCACAUGUUUUAACGCCCCUGGAACUUUCAGGUGAAUUAUUAUUAUUAUUAUUAUUAUUUUUGAAUGGCAUGCUAUUUCAUUUAAGUACAUGUACAGUAGCUACCAAUAAUGCAUUUUCUGAUAUUAGUACAUGAACAUUGUUUUGUUGAAACAGGUUUACUAUACAGUACUUGUAUAUAUAUUAUCCAGAGUACUGAAUUAACAAUGUCUUCUUGAGCACUGUACAUAUGUUCAGAAUUGCUUUACAGUAUAUCCUCAACUAUAAUUGUAUAUUAAUUCAGUCUUUGAAACAAAUUUCAAAAGUCUGUGGUCAAAUUGUUCUAAUUUUUUUGUCUAACCCACAAGACCAUUGUCCCAUUCAUCUAUUGUUCUCUUGGGGUUUUUGAUUGGCCAGUUAAAAACUGAUACAGUCUUUGUACUGUACAGUACUUUUAAUGCUAGGCUUGCUAGUAUGUAUCUAACCAACAAAAGUGAGUCAUGAUAAUUCAGAGAUAAAGUACUGUAACAAUCUUGUAUGGUGAUGUUAUGUGCUGCAUUAUAAUGUUUACCAUGUGAUAACUAUUCUGGAAUAACCAGUUAAACAAGAUAACAGAUCAUAUUUUUAUGAAUUGUAUUGUUCAUAAUCCACAAUAGAUUUGUGAUAUUUUGAACUGCUGUACAGUAAAUAGCUAUGGAAUAUUGUCCUAUUUUUAAGUUGUUGUUAAUAUUCAGUUUUGUUGUUUUAUGUUGCUGUGAAUUUUUUCAUAAUCUGUUUGUUGCUAUAUGGCUGUACAAGGUUUCCCGUCCUGGUUUUACUACCUAGCCAAACCUCUCAUUUCCAAAAAAAGAUACACAUAUUUCAUAUGAAUUGUUUAUGUUUUGAUGAAGCGUUAAUAGUUUCAUUUGCUGUUCAUGGAUAUGCAUAAAGUGUGUACACAUGUCCAAAAUGCAUACAUUUUAUGAAUAAUCAAUAUAAUAAAUUUUAAACAUAAUUUAUGCAUAUGAUUUAAUAACACUGAAUAUUCAUAAAUUGUAUCCUAUUAAUAUUUGUGUACACACUUAAAUAAACGUUGAAUAUUUAUAAAUUUAAUUGAAAUAAUUUGAAUAUAUACAUUUGAAUAAACUUAAUAUUUUAAAAUUAUAUAUAAGUAAUUUAUUCACAUAUUUUAUGAAUAGCUACUAAAUAUUCAUAGUUUUAUGUGUCUGAAGUAUUUAUGUAUACAUUUUUGUUUCAAAAAAUAUAUUGAAUGUAAAUUUGUACAUAAGAAUGGAUGGAUACACAUAUUAGUGUAAUAUUGAAAUGCUAUUAUCUGACAUUACUCAUUGUACAAAGUUUGAAGAAUUUCUGAUGUAAAUACUGUAUCCCAUCAUCAAAACAUUACCUAAUCAGCAUGAUUUUACAGUUGGAUUUUAACUCCUGACAAUUGCAUUUUUAAAAACCAUGUUCUGUAUGUAAAGACCAUACGCUGGUGUGAUUUUCCAUACUACUGUAUUGAAAAAAAUAUAUAUAUUAAGACACUGUAUUUUCACUAAUGAUUAAAACGAGCUGGUUUUGUUAUGGACAAAAA